AUGAGGGAGAGUGAUCAAAACUAUGAGUGGAGUUUGGCUCAGCUGGAGACGAAAGGAGACGGUGCUCCUGUUGUGCUGUAUGUCAAGCGCCAUCCGAGAGACGAACCACGAUCACCUGCUCCGAGUUCUGUGUUUGAGCCUUUUAGUCCGCCACCAAGACGAGAGGAAUAUUUCGACCCUCCCAAAGAGUUCAUUCCACCUCCUGACGAGCCAGAGCCACCAGAGCCAGACCCCGAACCAGAGACUAUACCAGAACCUGAGCCUCAACCGGAAGCUGAACCAGAGCCAGAACCGCAGCCAGAACCGGAACCAGAAAUCGAGAUAGAGAAACAUAGAUGUGAACAGUGUGACGACUAUCAUGAGAUCUGCUAUUACUGCAAUGUAUGCGACAUAGCAUAUUGCGCCAGAUGCUGGGAUCGAGUAGGGCCUCAUAAGAGUGGGAAAACUGGUCCGGGCGGGGUACCGCACGAGAAAACAGAUCAAAGAGUAGCGCACAGACUUCGCGCUACAUUGGAAGCUGCUCCAAGUGACCAAGAGCAAGAUGAACUUUUUGGAAGCGAUCAGGAUACUACCUGGUUUGGUGUUGUCAAAGAUGAGGCUGGGGAUUCUAUCUUCUGUGAUUAUGGGAGGUAUUCGGAUAUUAUUAAUGAGAUUACGAAGUCUCUGGGACCACGGCCUGGCCAUCGCUUUCCCGGGUUGGUGUCUUUUGUUGGUGAGACUGGAGCUGGAAAGAGUACUUUGAUCAAGGUCUUGAUUGAGCUCAACGAGAAGGGCAAACCGACGCAUCAAACACCUGUCGUUGGCUCGAUUCGACAUCAAGAUGUCCCGACUAGUGGAGACGUCCAUCUCUACGUUGACCCUAGGACAUUCUUAUCAGAAGGUCCGAUUCUAUACGCCGACUGUGAAGGACUUGCUGGUGGAGAGCGGGAGCCGAAAGGAGCAAGAUCUACGAUGAUGAAGCGACUCCAUGGCACUGGUCCUAAGCAUCAGCGAACGAGCUCUGCUCUCGAUAGACUAACCCAGAACAUGCCUCAUUCGACCGAGAGAGAAAUUCUUUGGGCCGAUACUCCAGAGAAGCAAACCAGGGAGUUCGCUGUGACUCAAUUAUAUCCCAGGUUACUAUAUACCUUUUCAGAUGUGGUGGUGUUCGUCUUGAAGAAUCCUCGAGUAAUCGAAAACGUGAUUGAAAGGCUCGUCGACUGGGCUGACGCUGCAUUGGAAAUGUCUUCCAAUCAGCCCGUUUUACCUCAUGCCAUACUUGUGCUUAAUGCUUCUGAGUUAAGUAUCGAUGCCGAACAAUGGAAUCCGGUGCAUGCAACUGAAUGGUUGAUGAACGCUGUCAAGGACAGUAUUCACAUGAACGUCAAGUGCAAGAAACAUGCCCAAACAUGGCGAUCUCGAGGAAAGAGGAUUGAAACGGUCGAAGACUUACUCCUUUCUUACUAUGCUAGUGUGAAGGUGGUGCGUAUACCAGGCAUCGGUCGCCCGAACCUAAUGCAAACCCAACUCGAGCAACUCUACCAGGAAAUUGCUGCUGCUUCGGAUCAUUCAAAGAAACGAAAGAGAGAGCUUCGGAUGCUUUUGGACGCCAAAGAACUUCAGCCAUAUCUUCAAUUUGCGUUUGACCAUUUCUCCAAGAAUCUUGAUCGAGCUUUUGAUUUCGUCCAGGCUUCUUUUGUGUACAAUCCUAUCCCGUCAGACUUCGCGGGAAAUAUGCUAAAGCUUGCUGUCAAUAUUAUGGAGGCGUGUGGUAAUAAUCUUAAUGGGGAGCAGAUCUUCUACGAAUUGAGCUUCAUGGUUGCUUCAUGUAUUAUGCUGGACUCAACGAGAAGCAAAACUAGAGGAUUGGCGAACAUGAUUUUUCCAGAAUAUGUCGUACAUUGCGACAAUGCUCUCGAAGAUUUCUGUGAUCGCUACUGGCCCUGCGAGUUUGUCCUUCUGAUGGGUUCUAGGAGAAAUGAUGUCUCUGUCGGAAAGUGCGUCAAUGUACGAAGUGGUCACGGAUCCAAGGGACACCAAAACAAGGAUGGUAAAGUGAUUGCAGUCGGUUCCUACCAAUCGCGAUUCACUGCAGAGUCCUACCAAGAGAAGUUCCGCUAUCUGGUUUUUGAGGCUCUGGAAAAAUUGCUUGCUAAACUUCGUGUACGGAUCAUGGAAGACUCGCUGCCAGAGGAGAAGAUCGCAGCACAGCUCCAUCGAGACAGUGUCAUGUUGCACUUCUAUAAGCACAUCGACGAUGUGAGGAAUAAGAGCUUGGUCAGCCAUUCGACUUGUUUCUCGUGUCUGAUGAGUCCCCCUCAACAUGCACUACCUUGCGGUCACAUAUUAUGCACGCCAUGUCUGAGUGCUUAUGGUACGCAAGAGAGAGAUGCGAUUGAGAUCAGCUCUUGUCCAAUGCAUCUCGAUACUACGUUUCGUUCUUGGAAGAUAUUUCUCAAGCCUGAAGCCGCUGGUGUUAGGAUACUCACUCUGGAUGGUGGCGGAAUUCGAGCCAUUGUUGCAUUGGAGAUUCUUCGCCUCAUUGAGCAGACAUGGGGCAAUCAAAUGCGGAUCCAAGACUUCUUUGAUCUAAUCGUGGGCACAAGUACUGGAGGCUUAGUCGCACUCGGCCUAGUGUCGAUGGACUGGUCCGUUGAGCAGUGCAUCAAUGAAUUCCACCAAAUAUGCAGCAAAUCAUUUGCACGUCGCUUCGGCAGCAAUAUUCCUGGCUACAGCAUGAUCAUGGAAAGUGUUCAUCGGAGCAAAUACGAGAUCCCACCUCUCGAAGACGCCUUGAAGCAAGCAUAUUCAAAGAAUGACUACUUGUUUGGUGGAUUCCGGCGUUCGAAUUCGAGGAUCAAAGUCGGUGUGACAGCGACGACGUCGAGCUCCAUCUCGCUGCUCACCAACUAUAAUCGAGCUCGGAUUGACAAACUGCCAUACAACUUUCAGAGACCUGAAAAUGCUGCAUCUGAGUUGAGGAUCUGGGAGGCAGCACGAGCAGCUUGUGCAACGCCUAAGAUCUUCAAGUCAUACUCGCACGAGCCAACAGGCCAAGUAUAUUCAGACGCCUCACUGCAUCACAGCAAUCCUAUCCAAAUCGCCGACAUGGAACGCAAAACUCUCUGGCCAAAUGAGUCAAAGAGCCUUCCCGACUUCCUUCUAUCCAUUGGCACUGCAUACAACCGAAAAUCAAGAAAGACACUAAUCGAGAAGUCUUCCAUCAUCGGCGGCCUAUUUGGUCAAUCCAAGUCAUCUUCUUCUGCAAGCGCGGCCAUGGACCAAAUAAGAUCCAGUCUUGCUGCCGAAAAGAGUUGGAAGGAAUUCAUAGAAGAACUUGGCCUUCCAGAAACAGAAAGGCAUCGAUAUCAGCGUAUCAAUCCUGAAAUACUGGAAGAACUGCCUGCAUUGGAUGAUGUGAAUCAAUUCAAGAGUCUUCAGAGCAUCAUUCGGAAACAUAUGACAGGCGACUUGGCAAUUACUAGGGCAGCACUUCGAUUACUUGCUACAGCGUUCUACUUUGAGAAGACGGUACCCCUGACCCGACUUCCUGAUGGAACAUUCUUGUUCAAAGGUAAGAAGCUGCGAAAACUUCUUAUAAUUGCCUCAUAUUGA